ACAGUAUUUGACCCAUCUACCCCCUGCUAAAGCCGCAAUACGACCCUGGAUAUAUGAACCUGCCCUGCAUGCCGUCAAGCUAUCUUUUAGUAAUAUGUAUACUGUUGUAUAUAUCGUCCUGUGGUAGCUUUCGUUGUAAUGUUAAACCGCUAUGUGUUGAUAAUAGACAUUGUCAAAUUGAGAAACGUGGCCGGGAUCGACAACGCACUGUCCCUGGCUAUAAUUCGGUGUAUAGAACCGAGGUUGUAGCUGGGUGGAUGUCAUGGAUUGUGUUAGUGUCGAUGUUGGUGCAUCUAGGUUACGGAUCUGCUGUGCAGUCGGUGCAAUUCCCGACUUUUUGCAACCCACAGCUACGGGGCUAAGUGGGUUGUCACUUCAACUUCAUCCGGACUGCGGGUGCUAUCAAAUAUUGAAUCUCGACUCGACUCUCUACGUUCAAUCGGAUAUCAUGUAGCACGAGGGAUCCGGCCGGACCGGUACCGGCCACAUGUCUCCGGGGGCGUAUUUUACUUGUCUGCUGCCCGGGUUAACAAGCUCUACUUCAUAACGCCGAAUCUGGAAAAGUAAUGCGAGUUGCUUCCUAAUCACUAGCUAUGCAUACAUCGACACAAUAAGUUAUUCCGUCAACUGUUGGCAUGUCAUAGUUAAAGUGAUCAGUGCACACCUUCUUUUCAUGAAGGAUGCGACUCACAAUCCUUCAUCCAACUACCUCGUAUAACGGCAAAUCAAUCAUGCGGUAAUUAGAUCAUGAUGUACCUGUAGCCGGAAAUAUUCGCAAACCAGAUUCAAAAGGUAUAAUAUAUCAAAUUACUAGUAACCUACAUAGGCCGAGGUUUGACUGGCUGGCGUUGCCUCUAGGUCAAGUACUGAUAUUCUACUUCCCAAUCCUUGUUUACAGACGAUUACCAUUCAACGAGCCAUUUUCUAUUUGGCUGAUCUGUUAGCCCGUGAGACGCCGAGAAGAUCUUCUUGAACAAAAGUAGUGUUUUUAUGAUAUAGAUUCUCUGUCGCAGACUCAAACAAACCGUAGUGUGAACAUACUAUAGAAUAUUCAAUUC